GUCAUUCCAAGCAGUUUGAUACCAUCAUUGAACAUGUAUGCCGUUGGUGCUGUAUUUGCCAGUCUGUGGAAAAUUAUUUUUCGCCCCUCUCUGUCUGGUAAUGGCAAAGCGACGAAUUGUCUGAAAACUCACUUGAAAUUGGCAAACUUGAUCUUCGAUAGUCGAAAGAAAUUGAGUGGAGAAGAAGAAGAAGAAAAAGAAAAAGAAAUUUGUACUUGAAUGAUCAUAAAAAAGGAAUAAAGGAAAUUGUUAAUCGGCUCAUUGUCGUCUUGGGCCGAAUUGAAAAGAUGCACAUCGAAAUCGAUUGCAGAGAUGAGAAACAAUCUUUUUCAGCCCUAUUAUGUGUGUGUAUAUAUGAAACUGAAAAACGAAGGGUGUACUCCAAUCAGCCUUGAGCAAUGCCGGGACUGAGAGAGAGUGGGCGCGCAGGAGGGUGUUCUCCGUUGGAGAAUAGAUUCGCGCCAGAAGCGUCGUACGUUCAUUGAUAAGCGUACGACCUACGGCUAAAAUACAUGACGUCAUCUCGUCCUCCAGAAACAUUACAGCGACUGCGCUGCGCUAUAUUUUCGCACUCAAUAUACAUGUAUAUAGGUAUAGAACUUUGGUCGAACGGAAUGGAUUUUUAAAGACAAGUGAAAAUCAGAACAGUAAGAUGGAGGCAGGAUUAAAAAAAAAGGCAAAUGCGAGAGGCUGAAGCUCGCAGGGCCGAUUUGGAGAGACAGCAUGCGGAGGCACAAAAUCAGUUGCGGGAAAAGCUAGCAGGACGUUAUCAGGGCCCAGAAUCAGUGGAGGCACUGCAGUCGAAAAUUAGAGAACUAGAGAAAAAAACUGAAUUGCAAAUGGUGAAACAUGAAGAAUUAUCUCUAGAAUUAACAAGUCUGAGGCGAGCUCGAAGUAGAGGACCAACUGCUGGCCAGUCAAUACCCACCUCGUGGCCACCUGCCGGAUCCGAAAUUGAUAGAAUCAUGGCGAGAAUAGAACAAGACAGUAGUGGCAGAAUUCUUCACGAUCUCGAUCAUAUGAGAGGCGUGACUACGCAACAACCAUCGGUCUCUCAAAGUUUACUUCGAUCCAGCGCAGAAAAUCUUUCAAAUCUCGGUCAACAACAUCAACAUCCACCUCAUCCACAUGCACUUAGUCUCGGUAUUCCUUCUCAUUCACAAGUUACUCACUACGCAGGUUCACCAAUGCCAUUAACCCCCAUGAUGCCCGGAUGUCCGCCAUUAACACCAAAUGGACCUCCAUAUCAUUAUAGUGAACCAAUUCCACCGGCACCAUCAUUAUCGACAAGUCAAUCGCAACCAGCCUUUCAUCAAAAGAUGACACAAUAUCAACAGCAUCCGCAACAUGUUGACAUGCCAAGUUCUCAUUCUCAAACAGCUCUGCCAUCGCAAAAGCAACAACAAACGCACACACAUUUUUCGAGUAAUCAAUAUCAAGAGAGUUAUCCCCAUACGCAAACUUAUCAACAGCCACAUCAACAACAACAACAGCAGCAACAGCCUCAACAACAUCAACUUCCGGCUUCGACGACUUAUCUGUCGUCCGGCAGAGAUACUGUCUUACCCCAUUACACACAGCCUAGUCAAAGUACACAGAAUUAUCAAUUAAACGGGACUCAACAGCAGACAACGACUUAUCCGAAUUUACCAAUGGGAGCCCAUCCAAAUGGAACUUACAGUUCUGUUGCAACCAACUAUGGAACUCAAUUAGGACAUCAUAACUAUUCAGUACCUCCUACGACGUUGCCAUCUUUACAAUCAACUUAUCAUCCUACAACAUCUUAUCACUCGACACUGGGUGUUCUCACUAGUGCUCCACAAACGGUACUUCCUUACACUACCGUUCAAAGCACCUAUUCAAUGACAGGAUCCACAUACUCCACUGUUGGGACCAACGCUUACGGUGCGUCAGGAGUUAGUUCAGGAUCAUCAUCCGGCGGCUUAUUGCAAGCUAUCGGCGAUCCGCUUCACGCAAUGCAACAACUUUCUGCUCAAUCACAAGCAAAUCAACUUCAACAGCAAGCAAUAAUUCAUCAAAUUAAACAGAGUUUACGAUCAACAUCACCGACAGUUGCUGGAACAGCGAGUCAUCAUUAUCUUGGCCAAAGGCAAAUGCCCAAAAUUCCAACCAGCAUUCUCACGAAUCCUCUCGAUAGAUUGGCAAAUGAGCCAAUUGUAGCCGAGGGACAAGUCGAUAUGUUGGAUAUACCGGGAAAAGGGAGAUGCUACGUUUACAUUGCGAGGUUUACUUACGAGCCAUUUCAGCAUUCACCCAAUGAAAAUCCAGAAGCUGAACUUCCAGUUCAAGGUGGUGAUUAUCUUUUGGUUUGGAGUCAACCAGAUGACGAUGGUUUCCUCGACGCUGAAACUUUAGACGGCCGAAGGGGUCUUGUGCCGGCAAAUUUUGUACAGAAACUUGUCGGCGAUGAUUUACUUGAAUUUCAUCAGGCUGUUCUUGGAUUGAGGGACGUUGAUGAUUCAGUUUCCACUAAUAUUCCACAGUGUUAUUUGCAGGAUAUUGAUCUCGAAUUAGCAGCUCUUGAGGAAGGCAACCGCAGUCGUCAAGCUGAACUAUCGGCUUACGCUGAACUUGACAAUAUUGCCGAGGAAGAUGAACAAGAACCUCCAGAAGUCUACCUGUUUUCGGACCUAGUUCCGGCGCCUCAACAUCUCACACUCGAGCGUCAACUAAACAAGAGUGUUCUAAUUGGCUGGACGGCACCGGAAAAUCCACAUCAAUUGGAAUCGUACCAUGUCUACGUGGAUGGUGUACUCAAAGUCACGGUGAAGGCCACUGAGAGGACCAGGGCACUCGUUGAAGGAGUCGACUCAACCAGGCCUCAUAGAAUAAGUGUUCGCUCGGUGACACAUUCACGAAGAACAUCUAGGGAUGCUGCGUGCACAAUGGUGAUUGGAAAGGAUGUGGCAAUGGGUCCGACUGCUGUGAAGGCAUCGAAUGUGACAGCAACGAGUGCUGUGAUUUCAUGGCUGCCGAGUAACAGUAAUCAUCAACAUGUCGUUUGCGUUAAUAAUGUUGAGGUGAGAACCGUGAAACCGGGAGUUUAUCGUCACACCAUCACUGGUUUAGCGCCAUCGACAAUUUAUCGAGUCACCGUCAAAGCAAAGAAUCUCAGAGCCACACAUUUUGAGGAUCAAAACGCUCAGCAUGCCAAUAAUCAGGCCUGCCACGUUCAUUUUAAAACUUUGCCCAAAGGACUUCCGGAUCCUCCGGUCGAUAUCCAGGUGGAGGCUGGACCGCAGGACGGCACUUUGCUAGUGACCUGGCAGCCUGUUGCCCUAAACGGUUCGGCCGUCACCGGUUACGCGGUUUACGCCGACGGGAAGAAGGUCACUGAUGUUGACAGUCCUACUGGUGACCACGCUCUCGUUGACAUUCACAAAUUAAUGGGCUUAAAUCCAAAACACAUUACGGUCAGAACCAAAAGUCGAGAGAGCCAGUCGGGCGAUAGUUGCGCAACUGCAAUUCCAUGCAGUGUAUUGCGUGGUGGGCCUGCUCAUCUUCAGCAUGCACCUCAUAUGAUGGAUCAAACGCAACAGCAACCGGGAGUCACAAUAGACGAUCCGCAUAGAAUGGUGGGAAUCGCUCAACGUUAUCCAAAUUCACAAAUUCCACCCCACAUGAGAAGGCACAACACGAGGGUGGACGCUCAUGGACAGGUCAUCAUUGAAACUGAUGAAAAUCUCUCCGACAAGGAAAUUUAUCCUGGACAAAGUAUUUCACAAAUGGGAAUUCCGGAAAUUACAAAAGACUCGGCUAGUGAGAAUUAUAGUGAAGAGGACGAUCCAACAAGAAGGGGUAGAGGAAUGGUGCAAGGACAACGCUACGGUUAUCGCGGCGAUCCUUAUGCACCGAGAACACCAGAAGUUCAUCGAUCAACUAAAACAGCUUCAACAAUGAGAUCGCAAGAUCCAUAUUACGAUCAGACAGUUGCGAGUCAAAGGGGAAGAGGACAGAUGCAUCGGGGAAGAGGAGCACAAGCUCAAGGUGUGUCUCAUCAUCAACCUGGUGGCGCUCAACAAGCCAAUAUGAGGACAAGAUGGUUUAUUGCUCUCUACGAUUAUGAUCCAACUACCAUGUCACCCAAUCCUGACGCUUGCGAAGAGGAAUUGCGAUUUAAUGAGGGCGAUAGUAUUAAGGUUAUUGGCGAGAAGGAUCCAGACGGUUUCUACUGGGGCGAGUGUCGCGGAAGACGAGGAUUUGUACCGCACAAUAUGGUCGAGGAAAUGAAGGAUCAAAAUCAAGGUGGACAGGUUCAAGGUCAGCAAGGAAGAAGAGGACAAGUACCCGGCGACAGAUGGGGCGACAUUUAUUCGAAUGUGACGUCCAAGAGAAUGAUCGCUCUUUACGAUUACGAUCCUCAGGAGUUGUCGCCCAAUGUCGACGCCGAACAAGUAGAACUGUCAUUUCAAACUGGAAAUGAAAUUAUUGUUUAUGGAGACAUGGAUCCCGAUGGUUUUUACAUGGGUGAAUUGAAUGGAGUUCGUGGUCUUGUACCAAGUAACUUUUUGACAGAGGCUUGUAAUCAAACUCCAGGGCCGCAAGGCCAAGGGAGCAGAAGACCUCCAGGCCAAGGCCAAGGGCCUGGUGCAAGAGGUCCUCCUCCUCCCCCACGAGAACCCCCACCUCCAGGUCAUCGACGUAAUAAAGAUGCCUGCAUUGUGCCUGUGUCUGUCCCUGUCUGUCACUUAGACUCUAGACAACUACAACAACAACCACUAAUGAACAACCAACAACAUCAACUACAAUAUCAACAAAACAAUCCACCGCAUCUAGCGUACCAACAAGCGAAUCACCACAGCUACACGACUGUAACCACGUCAAAUCAACAUGGACCCAUGGGUGUACAUAAUGCCCAUCAGCAAGGUACCAUGCCACCCCAUCUUCAACAACAGGGGAGGGGGAGAGGCGUGGGCAAUCGGGUCGUUGGUAGUAACAUGCCGGGUGGUCUUCAGGGUUCGCCGCAUCUCCAGCAACAACAGGUUCAGCCGGGAAAUCAACCCUAUCAACAGCAAAUGCAACAGAAUCAACAGAAUCAGGGCUAUCAGCAACAGCAACCGCAAGGCUACCAGCAGCAAGGCUUUGGUCAACAGAAUCCACAAUUUCAACAACAGCAACAGCAGCAGCAACAAAAACAGCAACAAUACCAACAAAAUCAAGGCCCAUCGUUACAGGGUCCUCAGGGUCAAAAUAAACCAAUUCGUGGAAUUCCCGCUGUUAUACCAACUGCGCAAUCGACGCAACAAUUGCCACAGCAACAACAAUCGCAACAACAACAACAGCAACAACAACAAGCCGCCGGACCGAAUCUCAUGCAAAAAUUCACCGAAAUGGCAGGAGCAAGCGCUGGCGGUGAUAUUCUCUCGAAAGGAAAAGAACUCAUCUUUAUGAAAUUCGGUUUAGGCAAGUGAGUCUUUGUCUGGAUUUUAUUUCCAAAAAAUGUGUUGUCUCUCUGUUUCUUGAGUUUGGAGUAAGAGAAAAAAAAAAUUAUUACCAAAAAAAAUAAUCGUUUUCGAAGGUCCAUCGGUAUGUGACCGAAAAACGAAUUUCACAUAUCUCGUUCCUGGACAAUGUAUAGACGAAGAGAGGAGACUGUAUAGACUAUAAAAAAAUAAAAUUAUUAUACAUAUAUAAAUAUAUAUUAUAAAAAAAGAAAAUUA